AUGUGUCAGGAUCCUGCCGUCCCUGCAGGCCACGCCGACAAUGCCGUCAUCGAGGCCGAUACAGAUGACAGGGACUCGGCUCUCGACGAAAGCGACGGCCACAGCGACUUCACUUCGCUGACAUCGUCCAUCCUCAACUACGAGUACAAGAACGGCCGGCGCUAUGCCGCCUACAAGGAUUCCAAAUACUUCCUACCCAACGACGAGGCCGAAUGUGAUCGCAGCGACCUCAUCCACCACAUCUACGGCAUGCUCCUCGGCGGCCGCCUGAUCCUCGCGCCCAUCCCCCACCCGCAGCGCAUCGUCGACCUCGGCUGCGGCACGGGCAUCUGGGCCAUGGACGUGGCCGACGCCUACCCGUCGGCCGACGUGCUCGGCAUCGACAUCAGCCCGAUCCAGCCGUCGUGGGUGCCGCCCAACGUGCGCUUCGUCGUCGACGACGUCGAGCUGCCGUGGACGACGUCGGAAGCCGACAAGUUCGACCUCGUCCACUUCGUCAACCUCAACGCGUGCAUCGGCGACUGGCCGGCGCUGCUGCGCCAGUGCUUCGACAACCUGCGGCCCGGCGGCUGGCUCGAGGCCAAGGAGACGGACACGACGAGCCAGUCGGACGACGGGUCGUUUCCGGCCACGUGCGCGCUGUACGUCCUCCAGGAGACGAUCCGCGACGCCAUGGACAAGUGCGGCCGCACGAUGCACGCGCCCGCCAGGAUGAAGCGCUGGAUGGAGGAGGCCGGCUUCGUCGACGUGACGGAGCAGGUCUUCAAGCUGCCGUUCAACCCCUGGCCCAAGGACCCCGAGCUCAAGAAGAUCGGCAGGUUCCAGCUCGCCCAGUUCCUGGACGCGCUGAAGCCGUAUGCGCUGGGGACGCUGGUCGAGCUGCUGGGGUGGACGAGCGAGGAGAUGGAGGUGGCGCUGGCGGGCGCGCGGAAGGACUUGAGGAAUACGAAGUUCCAUGGCUACAAUACGCUGCGUGUUGUGACGGGCCGGAAACCGGGCAAGGACGAGUGA